UUUAUCUUGUUCAUAUCUGAACGAAAAUAUCAAUGCGUUUUUUUGUAAAAUAGAUGUUAUAUUUUAUAGAUUAUAUUUCAAUAUGAUUUUUUUGCAUUGUACACUAUUGAAAAUUCUUUAAAGAAAUGACUAAUGAAAGCAAACUUAGUCAAUCACAUUUGGAUCAUAUAAUUCAAGACAUAGAAUCAACUGAUGGUCCACUAGGCCCUACAUUUAGGAAUCUCUUUGAUCAUGAGGCACAAAAAGAAUUUCUAGAAUCAUUGCAGGCGAGGAUAAAAUCUCUUGAUAAGGACAUUGAACGAUUAUGCAGCCACUACUAUCAGGGUUUCACAGAAUCAAUUCACGAAUUACCUCAUAUAAGGAAUGAUAUGACCAAAUUAAAAAAUGAUAUAAUACAAACGAACACGGAUGUACAACUCCCUGGUAAAGUUUUGAUUAAAAGGUUAGAGGACUCUGCCAAAUAUGAAAGAAUCUCUACUAACAUUGAGGCAUCUGUGAAUCAAGCAAAAAUUUGUGUCCCAGUAUUAACGACUUAUAUCAAACUUCAGCAACAACUCAAGGAUAAACGUUAUUAUGCCGCUCUCAAAACCUUGGAAAUAUUGGAAAACAAUCAAUUUCCUAAGAUAUACAAUUUCGAAUUAGCCAAAGCGCUUAAAAUCUCGGUAGCAGAGGUGAGGAACAACAUCAAGAAGGCGUCGGAGGGGGAAUUAAAAGAUUUUUUAGAAAUUAUUAGGCAAAAGUCGGCAAUUUUGGGUAGGGAAGCCAUGAAAAAUCAGGAUUUUAAAUCCCGGUACUCCAGUCUCCAAUCCGUCCUUAAGAGGCUGAAAUUAAUACAUACUUCCGGUGAUAAAACGACUCCAUCUAAUCAAUAUCUCACACAACCUCCACCUCCGACUUCCUUAUUACGCGAUGCCAACAAUUCUUCUCGACUAAGCAGGGGUUCACCUUUUGAUUCAGAAAUGAGUCCUGGCCAAAAUUUUGAAAGCGACAAUAUAGGGGAAAAUUUUGAAAUCACGCGGAACUUAUCGGGAGAGGAAAAUCCUAGCAUUUUAUAUCAGGGGAUAGAUCCUUCAAAAUUCGUCGAUUUUUCGCUCUUAUAUCGCUGUUUACAUAUCAAUACCAUCUUAGGCAAUAAAGAUAAUUUCAUCGAUUAUUACAGGAAGCAAAGACAAAAACAGAUCAAACUCAUACUGCAGCCUCCCCAAAAUCAAAUGAACGAAUCGUUGAGUUCUUAUCAAACUUACUUACGUGAAGUUGCAGGCUUUUUCAUAAUGGAAGAUUACAUUAUGGUGACUACCCGUAAAUCUGGCUUGAUUAAUAAGCCUUAUCUAGAUGAAUUGUGGGAUACAACGUCGACUAAAUCCAUAGCUCUCUUGAAGACCAAAUCGGCUUAUUGCACCGAUUCCCUUUUAAUCCUGGAUCUCAAGAAUUUAAUUGUCCUGUUUUGCUUAACCUUAAAAGAAUACGGGUUUUUCGUUAACAAGGUAUAUGAAUUGCUCAUUGAGAUCAGAGAACAAUAUCAAGAGAUUUUAAGAAUGCAAAUGGUGCAAUUAUUUCACAAGGCCUUGGCUCUGGAUUUCUAUCGGCCUAUAGAUUGUCAAAAUGAAGAAAGUUUGCAGAGCUAUUUGAAAAAGGACGAAAAACUAUACGGGAAAUUUUUCGACCAACUUUCCGUCAACCAAAGUUCUUCCGCCAAAAAACUUCAGACUACUAAUUAUCCGUAUUAUUUUCCGUUUUCGGGUAGUCUUCCAGUCAUAUACGACCAUAUCAAGACUUACAUCUUGACUUGUUUAACGUUUAGCAAGGAUUUACCCAAUUUAAGUUUUACGGAAGUCGACGAUUCCUUAAGAAAAUCCGUAUUAAACUUAUUAACCAGAAGUUUAUCCGGUUGCAUAUCCGCUUCUCUGAAAAGAACCGACCUUAAUAUUAAUCAAUUGAUUCAAAUAGCGAUAAAUAUCCAAUACCUUGAAAAAUGUAUGCCUCUCAUGGACGAUUACAUAACUCAGUUUACAAAAUCCACUUCUCAAAGUAUCAAGAUAUCAGGCAUGCACAGCAAAAACAUCAUGAAAGAAAUUAGGGAAGAAGCUGAAUCUAGGAUAAAGCAAGAGAUAUCCAAAAAAAUAGUAUACUCCCUUACUAAUGCUAAAUACGAUUGGAUGGAUAAUAAUGAAAGCACACAGCCCAGCAAUUUUGUCUUACGAAUCGAAGAUGACAUACGCAACUCUGUUUUAUCUUUCCCCAAUACAAACGAAACUAUGUUUAAACUAUGUCUAGACUUUGCUUUCGAAUACCUAGCUCAAAGUUUAUUGGGUUUUCUGAUAGCUGACAGAGUGCGAAUGUUUUCCUUACCUGCCCUUCAAAAUUUUCAACAAAAUUUAGCCUAUCUCAUCGAAAAUUUUAACAAUGUCAUAUCGCAAAACGAACAAUUAAAAUCGCUCAACGUUUUUCGCCAUUUCCGUGAAAUAAAUCAGCUUUUAAACCUGAUUAUAAAAUUGGACUGGGCCAAUUUUAUUACCGAGCAUGGCAAGCAAAAUUCGAAUUAUUCCCUCGUGUCUUCCAAACUCGCUUCUUUAAUGCUCGAAAAGCUCAUGCUGGGUGAAAAACAAAGAGACAAUUUGCUAAGCAAUAUGACUAAAAAAAAUGAUCGCAAAAAAUUGCACGAAAAUUUGCUCAAACAACUCAAACAAAUCAAUAGUGAUACAAACACUGCAUAACGUCCGACUCUUUUAUAUAAUAGCAAUACAUAUUUAUAAACUUUUAUACAGAAAUAAAGGAUGAAUGCUCUCUGAUUACACGGAUUUUUUUUUUAAAAAAGAGACUUUUCCUAUAUCAGUCGAUAAAAAUAUUACGAUUUUAAUCUAGGUCUAAUAUAAUUUGUGAAUUUAUUUAUUAUGUAAGUUUUAUAUAUAAAUUAAAAACAAUAGGCCCUAUUUUACGCAUAGAGCGUUCAACUAUUAUAAAGAAUAAAGGGUGUCCAUAUAUUUUUUCCCCUAUAGGGGGCUAAUAUAAUAGUAAUUAGAUUUUUUGUUAAACUACCUUAUCUAAAUUAUUUUCUUGAGAGGUUUUGCGAGAUAUGAUGCACAGUUGAGAUUUCGAAGUUUAUUAUAAAAAAAAUUGAUAGGUAUUUCAUAAAGUUACUAUAAUGCAAUAAGUACUUAACUUUUAAUUUUAUAUUGAAUUGAUUGUGGUUUUUUAUUUUAUAUGAG